CUCUCACACAGAGGACACGGGUCACUAACAUGCCCAGCACUAGCACAUCAGCGCCGCAGCCUGGUGUCCUAUUGGUCCUCUCCCGCUACACCUGCAGAUAAAAAUACGGCAGCCUGCCAAUUGCAAGCUGCCAUCUGCAUCACCACCAACUUCCUCUACUUACCCACCAGCGCUUCCACUACCUCUUUUGAAAAGCCUCGCUUUCGAGACUUUUUGCUUUGAAAGGAUGUCGUCGGAAAUAAUGGAUGCGUACUGGCAGGCGCCGCCUCUCGCAAGAACAGUUGCUACGGCUGCCUUCAUCACAUCCCUGUCUGUCUUCAUGGGCAUCGUGAGCGGCUACUGGUUCUAUUUCGCGCCAGAUCUCCUGUUCAAGAUCCCGCCUCAGAUAUGGCGUCUCGGGACCAACUUCCUGAUCACCGGUCCUAAGCUUAGCUUGCUCUUUGACCCGUACUUACUGUACACGUACCUCUCUGCCCUCGAGGUCGGCAAUUCCAGGUUCUCCAGACGCGAGGAUCUCAUCUGGUAUCUCAUGUUUGUGUGCACUGUUAUCACGGCGCUCUGCACCUACGUCAUGGGCGGAGGAUGCUUCCUGCCGGCCUUGAUUAUCGCCCUGUGUCGCACCGUCACCCAGGACCAGCGAGGUGUCAAGUCCAACUUCUACUUCAUCACCAUCCCCGCCCAGCUCAGCCCGUUCUGCAUAAUGCUCAUGUCGCUGCUAGACCCCAGCGGGGCAGGGUACUAUACCUUCAUAAUCCAGCUCCAGGGCUUUAUUGCCGCCCACCUGUACGACUUCCUGUCCAGGGUGUGGCCCGAGUUCAGCGGCGGCCGCAACUUGAUUCCCACGCCUGCCUUCCUCUCGCGUCUCGUCCAGACCCCUCGCUUCAACCAGCGCGGCUACGGUACUGCUGUACGCGGUGGCGGAGGUGCCUCGGCCCAGACUUCGGGCAGCAGCACGGGUGUGUCUCGCGGCGGUGGCGUCCUUCCCGACUCGUGGAGGACGAGAGGACCUGGGCAGCGUCUGGGUUGAAGCAUGGUUCGCGGAAGGUUGCAUGAUAGAUAAUCAAUACAUUAGGAAUAAGAGCAU